UGAAUCCGUUAGAUUGAGAAGAAAUAACUAUCUACACCUCGCUCAGCCCCUCUCUAUAGGUUCCUCAGGGUACAAUGGUUUUCAUUUAGGAGUCCAUCACCCAUUGCAUGACAGAUAUACUGGUCUAGCAUGUCUCAGUCUGAGACAGGAAACCCCAAUGGCACUCUGGAGAACAAGAAGAUACUCAACAAGCCAAGAUUUUAUGAAAUAUGGUUGUCGGCAAAUCAGUCUGACUAUCCACACGUCUUCUGCAAGGAGGUAUAUACUGGCCAGAAGACAUCACGGCAAACAUGCCAUUCCCAGACGUUUGACGCUGUGGCUGGCAAUGUCACAGACAACAUUGAUGUAGGCAGGGGUACAACCAGAGCGGAGUGUAUUGGUACGGUGUCCACAAGGGCCAGGGUGGAAGAAGCGGGUUCACAAACUACAGAUAUUGGAGAAGGCGGAUUUAAAUCUUCCUUAGGAUGCUCCAAUUCUGGGGAGCUGGCAGGGAGAAAUGAAACUCAGGAUGCAGCUGUGUUGGUUUCUCCACAGGGAGACCUGGCAGCAAAAGGCACGUCUUUGGAGAGAAAAACUCGGGAUCCAGAGAAUGUUCAAGACAUGGAUCUUCCAGGGUUGAGCGAAGCUCCAUCGGUGGCUAUCGGCAGGAUGCCGCUUGUGGCAUGCACUUCAAACCACCAGAUCAUUCCGUCUAACAGUGGAUGGAAUGCCAGCCAUCUAGCAGCCAGAGGACAGGAUUUGAUGGCUGGGCUCAGACAGCACAACAUGCCUUCUCGUGGUGGCAUUUGUGCCGAAGGACUGCGGUUGGCAAAUACUCCGGUCAGCGGUGUGGCUCAGUCAAGCAGAACAUGCAUAUUUGACGGCUCUGACAUGGACGGCUUGGUGGUGCCAGAGUCAAAUACCCAUCGAGAGAUGGGUGCGCCUGCAUUAGAGUCAGACCAGGCAACGCCAAGUGUGCAGGGAUUGGUGCAAGGAGGAAGGGGUGGUAGUACUGUGACGGGAAAACGUUUCAGAGCUGGAUCCGGUAGGCAUCGGAGAAUGACAAAGGCAGUAUCCGAGGGCAGAUGCGAAGGACUGACAAACGGCAGAAAGAAGAGAAGACUGACAAGUAAUGACACUACAAGGGACAUCAAUGAAGCAUUUGCGGCAAUUAUUCGAGCAGCAACUGAGCAAUUUGCACAUGCCAUUGCUCGAAGUGAUGAAAUGUUUCUGGCACGACAGAAUGAGUUCCACAAGGCUAUGCUUGAACAGCGCCGGGAGGCAAUGGAAAUGUUAGCUGAACAACACCGCCAAGACAUCAUCAUCAUGAGAGAAAUGCUUGAGCAGAAUGCUUCCAGGGAUACAGCAUUUAAGGAGAAACUGCUGGCAGUUCUCGCUUCACUGGUAGGUAAUGGUCAAGUUGAUGAAGAAAAGGACGAGUACAUGUAGCACAGAAACACUUAGUGCUAUUCAUCAAUGUGGGACAUAUCUGCGGGCGAAUGUUCCUAUGUUGCUGCGUGUUUCUGGUGUCGGCAAAUGUUGCCAUGUGGGCAGGGCAGUGCCCUCAUUGGGAGAGUCAUAGAGGGGUUAGCACUGUACACUCCUGUUGAACACUUGCUCUGGAAGUGAGAGGCACAGGGGUUGAGCGUGGGUCAAUGAUGUAAAGACAGGUAGAGAAAGUGGUAAAGCC